AUGGCUUUGAAAAGUUUCUCUACCCUUUCACACACCACAACCUUGUCCCACAAACAAUCUCAACUCAUUCGUGCUUCUUCCCCAAUUUCAAUCCCCAAAUACAUUCACCAUUCCCAUAAACACACGCCAUGUUUGAGCAAGAGGCAACUCACUUUGCUUUCACCCUUUCUAUGGAGCGUCUUGCCUAAUACACUCUUGUUAGCACAAGAAUUAAUAACCGCUGACCUUCUGAGAUAUACUGAUUCUAAAGAAGGUUUCACUCUUCUUACACCCUCUUCUUGGACUAAGGUUGAUAAAGCUGGUGCUACUGUGUUGUUUCAAGAACCAAACGUUGGAAGUAACAAUAUUGGUGUUGUGGUAAACCCGGUUCGUCUUUCAACUCUUCCAGAUUUUGGGUCUCCUCAAUUUGUUGCUGAUAAGCUUUUACAAGCUGAAAGGCGCAAGGAAAGUACAAAGGAAGCUGAGAUAAUUGCAGUUGAAGAAAGAUCAGGGGAGGGAGGUUUACAAGUUUAUGAGUUUGAGUACAAGAUUGAUAGUACUAGAGGAGGUUUGAAAAGGAUUUUUACUGCAGCAUUUGUGGCUUCAAGGAAGCUCUAUCUUCUAAAUAUCGUUCACUCUGAUAAUCCAGAGAGCCCUCUUGAUCCAAAUAAGAGAAUGAUGUUAGAGCAAGUUCUUCAUUCCUUUGAUUCGUCUAGUUAA